AACAAUUCAAACCAAAACUACCUGACCCUAGAGACAGGUGGGAUUGGUGAAACGAAGACAUGACAUCACAGUUCACCACUCGUGGCAUCGUUCUCCCCGAUAAAUCGAGAAUCACCACAAGAAAUUACUAAGCAAUUAACAUGGCUUAGCCAAAGCACCCGGAGCAGAACUUUAAUCGAAACAGCAAGACAUUCAAAGGAAGAAACAGUUUUCGUUGUUCUUCCCAAAAAUGCAAAGAGUGUCCAACUUAGCAGCCUUCUUUUUCAUAUGGAGCUGUGGAUUUUGCUAUGCAGUUCAAGUUUUCGUAAAGGGUGCCCAUGGAAUGGUCUCUUGGAAAGACACUCCGAAUUGGAGGGACAGAUCUGUUGUCCCCACCCCUGCUCCAGCGGAUGUUCAAGCGUACAAGAAACGAGGAGAAAUUCCACAUCCGUAUCCCAGAGUACAUAUAGUUAAACACGUGUAUGUUCCAGCGCGGACUGGCAUGACCAAAGGGAGGAGACUCAAUAAAAAGAAAAAUUUGAUCCAAAGAAUUUUCUUCUCACUGCCGGUCGGCGCUGAAUUACCGAUCUAUUACACUCAUAAACAAGUUUCAGGUUCACAUAAAAAGAGUACGGUUGUUAAUACUGAAGAAAUUGGUACUGAGGGAAAAAGAUAUUUUUCCGAUGAAAUCAAUGGACCCUUUAGAUCAAGUACCUGGGGACUUCAAGAACCACUAGGAAACCACGAACUGUCUCCAGAUUUAGAAACGAGGACAAUAGCGAGACAAAAUCUCCUCCAAAAUGAAAAUGAUUUAGAGGGUCUUAGGUAUCACGGGAUGAGUGGACAAUACCUUCGUCCUCGAACAGUCGAUAGGCACCGAAUUAUGGAAAAUAAUUCUGCCCUUUUUUUAAAAAGACCGCGGAAAACGCAGGAAAUGUUCUAUAGAAGAUUAAGGAUUCCGGGAACAAAGAAAGUUAGAAGAAAUAUUAAACAAAAAAGCAAAGGAAAAAACGUGAAGAAAUCAGGACUACCCAAAGGUAACAAAAGGAACACAAGCCGGGCCUCAAGUAACAAAAUUAAUUCAGAGAUAGAGAACCUUCUAACAAAGUUCCUCAUUGUCCUGUAGUCCACUGUUCACACUUAAAAAAAAGUAAUUUUAACUUUUGCACAUAGUAUUUAAUAUGCUCUGUAUGUCUUUGAAGGAUUCUUAAAACAGUGUUAAAACUCUUUUCCUGACAAAACAACUUUAAAAAAUUAAAUGGGAUUCUGGUAAAUAAUCAUUAAUGCAGAGGAUAAAACUAAAUCCAGUAAUUUUUGAGAGAAAAAGAAUAUUAAAAAAGGUUGAUCCAAAAAGCUGUUGAUAUACGAAAAACAUUUAAAAAGGUAAAUAAAUUUCGUUUCGAGUAAAAGGAUCGGAGAAAUAAUUAUGCUAUAAAUGAAACACGCACGUAACUUCAUUUGAAACAGUGUUCUCUUUACUGUUAAGCAGGUGAAACGAUUGGCGAUAUAAUGACGAAAUUGAGGCCAGCGAAGAAGGACAAAAAAUAAAUCUCACUGUGGGCUGUGUUUUGGACUUAAUCGUUAGCAAGCGUUUGUGGACGACGAUGGAAUUACCUGAGAUAAACAAUAUAGUCCUUAGUGACCACGUCUGUGAGUUGAUUGAUUUUAAGUGGAGUCUCUAAGUUCCUGGCUUUGUUUUUAGAAAUAACCAAUCCGUCAUUGUCCUUCAAUAGCCAAUGGUCAAUGCCUCAGUAGGUGCCAUCACUGAUUCUGGUUCUUUUGCGUAAUUUUUCGAAAUGACAAAAUGUUGGGGAGUGUCUCCUGUAAAGUGACUUUUCUCUUGCAAAAGAGUAGAUUAGGUUACAUGCUGCAUUUAAAAAACAAACACUUGAUCGUUUUCAUGGCAAGUUUUUGCCACUUGACAUCGUACGUUUUACCAAAGUUCUUUUCUUCCCGGUUAAAAGGUAUUGUUUUACUUAUCCCCAUUACAAAUUAGAUCUUGUUUACCUGUGUUUGUAUCGCAAUUAUGAUGUAAAUAUCAAUGGUUGUUUAGUGAGUGUCAAAAUAGUGGACUAGGAGACGGUGGGUCUGAUUACAGUUUUAGAGAGAGAUACCCAACUUAAUCUAUUUUUAGUUACACGAAUAUUUUGAUAAGGAAUUUCGUUUUCAUUGCCAGCUAGUUGGAGUAAACUUUAAGGUUGGCAAGUUAACGACUUCCGCUUCGUAGCAAGUUUUCAAUAGGAGGUCAGUUUCAAGACACUAUAAGGGAAGGGAAGGGAAGGGUGGGUGACAAUGGUGAGGUUUUUUUUAUAAGAGUCGUCACGGAAUAAAUAAAUUACUAGAUAAAAUUUUGGUCAAAGAGAGAAUCUUGACAAUUUAUCUUAACUUUGGUUUACUUGUGGCCAAGUAGUCUUGAAUAAAAUGAAAACACGACCUUAAAAUAAGAGAAGAAGUUUCCUUAGCUUGGUAGUACGGCUGCUCUGGUAACGUCCUCGCAAAGCUGGAAUUUUACAUACAUUGCAACUUAUAAUACACAAAGUAUGACUUGAAAUAAAGAUUGGCCCAUUUUGAA